GCCAGUGCGCGUUCUGUUGCGAUAGACUUUGGUCGAACCGCUUGAAGCCGCGCUCAGUCGACGCGCUCUGCUCGACACGGCAUCAUCCUCAAUCCAUUCGAUCCUUCCUUAGUGUAUUUACUCGGUUUUUAUCACGUGAGAGAGAGAGAGAGAGAGUCUGUUAUUGUUGAACCCAAUAGAACUUGACUUGAAAGAAAAAAGAAAAUCCUUCGGCCGUUUUGUUGUUGGUGUUCCUGCCCGUUUGAACUUUGAGCGGUCAUCGUUUUCAAGUGUCGCCGUUCUCGGUCCAGCCACUUGAAAAGAGUCCAGAGGCAGAGAGAAGGAGAGACAAACACUCACUUAUGCACGUCUCUUUCCAGUUGUUGUUGUUGUUGUUGUUUAGCAUCGGUUGAAUUGAGUUUGAAGCGAAACAAUUGAAAGGUGACGGAAAUGCAGCAUCCGUGGCUAUUACCGUUUCUUCAUCCGUUAACAACAGCGCCGCCCAUCCAGCUAACUCUGCCACCACCGCAGCAUCAGCCUCAUCAUCAUCCUCACCACCAUCCCCAUCAGCACCACCACCACCCUCAUGCCCAUCAUAUCCAGCAGCAGCCUCAGCAGCAGCCUCAUCCGCAUGCCCACCAUGUCCAUCAUCACGCUGCCGCCCAUCAGCUGCCCUCGACGUCGAUGGGACUGACCCUACAGCCAAUGCUGACCCCAUCGGGGGCUCUGCUCCUGCCGGCCCUGCAACAAAACGCGGCGGCCGCCGUGGCAGCUUUUGCCGCCGCCGCUCAUCAACUGGCCGCACACCAGCAAGGAUCAGCCGUGGCCGCUUACAGCGCCAUGGCCGCCACCAAUUCGCCCGUUCUCAUGGCCCCGUUUCAACCGCAACGUAGUCGUCUCAAGGUGUCCGAACGAGAGAAUCGGCCCGUGGAGGCCAAUGGCAGCGCUGCAGCAGUGGCCGCCAUGAUCAACGCGGGAGUCGCUUCGGAGGCCAAAAGGAAACAUCACGAUGAUCAAAUUGAGCCUUUUAAAGAUGUUAAGCGAGCUAAAAUUGAGACGCGGGCGUUGAAAGCCAAGCGCCCUGGAUUUACCGACGAGCGCUACAGCGAGACCGAAUACUUUUUUGAAAAUGGUCUCCGCAAAGUGUACCCGUACUACUUUACUUUCACGACGUUCACCAAAGGUCGCUGGGUUGGAGAAAAGAUCCUUGACGUCUUUGCCAGAGAGUUCCGAGCCCAUCCCGUCGAGGAAUACGAGCGGUGCAUUAAAUCCGGAUCGCUGACCGUCAACUAUGAGAAGGUGGAUAUCGACUACCGACUGAAGCACAACGACCUUUUGGCCAACAUCGUGCACAGACAUGAGGUGCCGGUAGAGUCGAAGAUCAUCGAAAUCGUCUAUCAAGAUGACGACAUGAUUGUGAUAGACAAGCCAUGUUCCGUACCGGUUCAUCCGUGCGGACGCUACCGCCACAACACGGUGGCUUUCAUCUUGGCCAAAGAGCACAACUUGCGCAACUUACGGACGAUCCAUCGACUGGAUCGGCUCACGUCCGGUCUGUUAAUGUUCGGCAGGAACCAGGAGAAAGCCCGACAGAUGGAAGUGCAGAUCCGCACGCGCCUCGUCUCCAAGGAGUACGUCUGCAGAGUCGGAGGCGAAUUCCCGAGUGGACACAUCAUGUGCACGGAACCGAUCGAAGUGGUCAGCUACAAAAUCGGUGUUUGCCGGGUCUCCCCCAAAGGCAAGGACUGUCAAACGGAGUUCGAGCGCCUCUCGUACAAUGGAAAGACCAGCGUCGUCCUUUGCAAGCCUCGCACCGGCCGGAUGCACCAGAUCAGAGUUCAUCUGCAGUACCUCGGAUAUCCGAUUGCCAACGACCCCUUGUACAAUCACGUUGUUUUCGGUCCGGAGAAAGGCAAAGAUGGCAACAUUGGAAAGACGGACGAAGAAUUGAUCCAUGACUUGAUCUCGAUCCACAACGCCGAAAACUGGCUGGGAGGCGAAGGUGAUGACUUUGCCCCCAACUUUUUUAGUGGCGUCAUACCACCGGAAGCGACAGGCGUAGCGACUCCGUCGAGCAGCUCUGGGGGAAUGGCCAGUGGAGUCUCUAGCCGAAGCCAAACUCCUGAUGCCGCCGCAUCCAAAGAGGCGCCAACGGCAGUCGUAUCGCUUCCGGAAUUCAAACCCAACAGCGCCGACACGGAAAUUGAGGCGACCCAGGAUCAAGUCAGCACCGAGACGCUGACCGAUCCGUCUCCCUUGGCUACAUUAUCCCUAUCGCCCUCGGGAGCUGUGCUCGAGUCCGAGUGUUCCGUUAAUGAGAAACCGGCCAGCCCAACGGACAACGUCAAAAGUGAGAAUGACGGUGUCGCUGACGAUAGCGCAGUUAAACCGGAAGAAAACACAGAUCACAUUGAUCGCAAUUCACCUGAGGCCCCCAAUAAAACAAAUGACGAUUCAGCCGUUGAUAGCUACAAUUCCGACAAAGUUACAUUCGAUGAGCAUUGCUUCGAAUGUAAGACGCGCUUCCGUGAUCCCAAGCCUAAAGACUUGAUGAUGUUCCUUCACGCUUGGCGUUACAAGGAAAAAGUUAAUGACAGUGUCCACUCAUCAGACAGUGGGGAACUCAAACUCACGUCUGUAGCGAAAGAUUGA